AGGCGAAGAAGGCGAAGGAGGAAGAGGCGAAGAAGGUGAAGGAGGAAGAGACGAAGAAGGUGAAGGAGGAAGAGGCCAGGAAGGCGAAGGAGGAGGCGGACCGGAAGGCGAAGGAGGAAGAGGCGAAGAAGGUGAAGGCGGACGAGGAGAGAAAGGUUAAGGAGGAAGAGGAGAAGAAGGAGAGGGAGAAGAAGACGGCAAAGGCUAAGAAAGGAGAACUCAUGGAGAAAGCUAGGCUCGCCAAAGAGAGCAAAGAGAGGGUGGCCAAAGAGGCUCGAGAAGAGGCGGAUAGAGAGGCGGCCAAAGCGGAACAGCAGCCUGCCUUGACUACUAUACCCAUGCAGGCCAAUCCUCCUGUCCGACUCAGCGUUUUGGACAGGAUACGUUCGAAAGUUGCGACACCGACUGACGCCGAACCGAAGUCGACUCCAUCUUCCUCAAAACCAUCCACGCCCGCGUCGACUACUCAACUUAACAAUCCUUGGGUCACAAAGGUUGGGGGCACACCCUCACGUAACGCUUGGGGCCAACCUCAAACGUCCAAGUCGCCUGUAGGCUCUGAGUCCACGCACGAGCCCGUGACGAAGGACCCACCACGUCAAGGACACGACGCGAGGCUUGACGCUGCAGCAAGUUCGCCCGAGGUCGCCAAUUCCACUACUUCGCCACCCGUGUCCUCGACCGUUACUUCUGAACCUGCUAGCAGUGCUGUGCUGUCCUUGUCUACUCCAAGGGAAGACACGAAAGCUCCGACAACUGAUGCUGCAUCAGCCACAACGAGUCUUUCUGCCGAUAGAACAAAGUCCUCCGAGGUCGAAAAGACGCCUACAACCUCCACCAAUAUACCUUCGGAGCCCGCUCCCACCGCUGCUGAUGCAAAGGAUGCUGCCCCCGCCGAAGACGACCUUGUUCCCCCUCCCGUUCCCCCGAAAUGCGAUCAUGAUCUCACCAAUACUACAUCCGGCGUCGUCGCGAACGGCACCGCGGAGAAGGAUGGCGUCCAUGAGGCUUCGUCUACACCACCUGCUGCCGGCAAUGGGUCAGCGAAAGCGGAAAACCCCCCCGUCGAUGCUAGUGCAAGCACAGAGACGAAGGCUGCCGAGACCAUUGCUACUUCCGAGAGCUUCCCUGAGGCAACCUCCACUGCACCUACCACUGGUGAUCAAGCAACCAAGCAAGACGAACCUUCCAAGGCAGAUCCUACCGCGCAUGUGGCUAGCGACCAAGGAAUCAAGCUCGACGCCUCUUCCUCUGUUGACGCUGUCGAGACUCCCACUCCUCCCGGGAUCGUUCCUGCCACCCCCGCGGACGAGAAGGGACCUACAGAGCUAGAUACUGAACCUGCUACACCGGCUAACGAAGUGGGACAGGGAGCGGCUCCCGAUACCGCCGAGGUCCUCGCCAACGAGCAUGAUCCGGCGAAGAAGCUUAUGCUCGAAGCAAGUAUUCCGGACAAUGCGAGCGAGACAGGCGAGAGUACUAUGUCUGGGCCCGCGCCAAAGAAGAACAAGAAGAAGAAGAAGAACACCAAGCCAGCAUCAGGUGCAAAAUCAUAGAGUCCAAUUUGGCCGCCCCAGUCCCUCAGGUUUGCUGUCGAUGGUCGUUUACUUCGACAAUUAUGUUCUACCAACUCAACCCCGCUACCGCAUCCAAAUUUCCCCGAAGCAUGAUGUCACCAUCUCCCAUUUCUUCCUGUUUUAUUGCUUGAAUUUACUCCCUCCGUAUUCCUCCGUCGGCUCUCAUAUUUUCUACGUUCGGAACUUGACUCGCUCCAUCCUGUUGUUGUUCUUUCUGUUCGUCCGGUCAUGCUACUUGAUCUCUUGCCAUGUUUGUUACACCCGAUUUCUACGCCACCUGUCUUCGUACGCCAGUUUGGCAGAUCUUGCUCUUCGGUUGUUGUCUUUCUAGUCUCGUUCGUCAAGAGUCUUUUACUCUUUCCAUCAUUGUCUGUGGAUGUUGUACAUACUAUCGAUCCCUGUGGUUUCCGGAAUUCUGCACCAUGUAAUAGAGCUUGUUUUGAUUGUUUCUUGAUGAUGCCGACGAUGAAGUUGGCAUUCAAU